AUGGGAAACAUCAAUGGGUCGACAGUGGAGGAACUACAAUCUUGUGAGAGUCAUCAGUGGUACAGAAAGUUCAUGACUGAGUGCCCAUCUGGACUUCUCACUUUCUAUGAGUUCAAGAAAUUCUUUGGCCUAAGGAAUCUAUCAGAAAUGUCAAACGCCUAUGUUGAGACUAUGUUUACAACGUUUGACAUGAAUGACGAUGGCUUCAUUGAUUUCAUGGAGUAUGUAGCUGCUCUGAGCCUGGUGCUGAAGGGAGGAGUACAGAAGAAGCUUCGUUGGUACUUUAAACUGUAUGAUAUCGAUGGCAGUGGCUGCAUAGACCGUGAGGAGCUUCUUCAGAUAAUUAAGUCCAUCCGUGCCAUCAAUGGAGUUCCUCAUGAGAUGUCAGCAGAGGACUUUGCCAACAUGGUUUUUGACAGGAUUGACAUCAAUGGCGACGGUGAACUGUCCUAUGAAGAGUUCGUGGAGGGGGUUCAGAAUGAUGAAAUGCUGCUGAAGAUGCUAACAGAGAGUUUGGACCUGUCUCAUAUUGUUAAUAAAAUUCAAGGGGAGCUGAGGGUCAACAACUAAUUUUCCAACUUCAUGGACCCUUACGUAUACAUUUAUGUAUGACUGUGCCACAGCUGAUGGAAUGAAGAUCUUGGUCCUGUUAACCCAUCAAUAACCGCAUCACCAGGCAAAAGGAUGUGGACUUUUUGGAUCUUUGGAUCAUUGUUUAGAUGCAGCAGCACUUUUUCUAUCCAUACAUAAUCAUGGAUUUGGACAUUCUGAAAAUUAUUCGACAUCAUUACAUCUGUUGCUUUCCAAUGGACCCUUACCCCUCAAACCUUUUUAUACCUUAAUAGGUGCAACGUAUCAUGAUGCCAGUUUUCAUAUUUGUAAGCCUACAUUAUGAAGACAAGUUUACAUCAUGUUGUCCAACUGUAUCAGUGUUCAGCUGCAUCGUCUGUUGAAUUCCAGCUGAAAGGCUGAU